CCCGGGCGUGUGUGCCCCUUGCAUCAGAAGCCAUGCAGUGAACUUCUCUCCGUGGGCUUCUGUGUUCGUCUCUGUACCACCGUGGGUGUCGUUCGCCGCUCUGGUUGAAGGGGGAUACACCCGCCCUGUCGCUGUGUGCCCUUGUUUUGGCCCACCUUAUCUCUCUGAUUGCUCCUUCCUCUUCCUGCUCCGCUGCCAGCCAUGGGCCCGCCCGAGAUGUCAUAUUCUCCUGCCUACUACCAGGAUCAUGGCCACCUUGUGACAGCCGAUAACCGCCCCUCGAUUCCCCCUACUCCCCCUGCGGCUCACUUGCCCUGCGAAUCGUCGUCAUCCCCGCGCAACCAGCAGCAACAGCAGCAGCAGCACGGGGCAAUCGCCCCCCGUCCGUCGGAUUCCGACCGGUUUCGAACCCCCCAGUCCCACGAUUAUACUUCCGACAUGUGGGACCCUUCCUUCGCUAAGCAUUCUGGUCGCGCUUCCGCCGACGGCCCUUACCCGGCUCAGGGUCCGGUGGAGACGGUAUACCCGGAUUUCGCGCAGCCCGCGGCGGUUCCCGUGACCAGCGGAGCCAUGCGCAAGGAAGAGCGUCUUCGUGGAAGCAUGACCGACCAUUCCUCACACCUGUCGAGCGACAAUCAUCCGUCGACUGCGUUUCGCGCGCACAAGCGGGUAAUUCGCGAUGAGGACUCUCUCGCGGAUGACAACCAGGACGCCCUCCUGAUGCUGCUUCGACUGUCCGCCCCGGUCCCGAUCUUCUCGUUCGCGGCAUGCAUCUAUACGCUCUUCGGCCUGUUCUUCGUCAUCCUCGUCUCGCCGCUCCGUCUCUGUUCCUGCAUCCCAUACUUUCGCGCAACGACCUUUCGCGCCCAGCUCUGUGACCUGCUGGUGCCCCAGUUACAUAUCCACGAACGCUUGGUGCGUAUGCGAAAGUCGCCGCAACGGUCCUCCCGGCCCCAGUCCGCAUACAACAACCUCGAUCGGCAAUCGAAAGCAGAUUCCUGUGCGUCCUACUCCGUCGGCGGUCUGAUCGCAGUCCUCCUGCUGUCGUCCCUCCUCUCCAUCGCCUUUCUCCUCCUCGCAUGGACCGCCGCCUUUUUCUGGAUCUUCGCGAUGGUUCUCGGCAACCCGGACGGGACAGAACGGAAAGAUGACGGACGCGCGGCGGUGCUAGGUGUCUGUCGAUGGUGGCAAACUUGGCUUCGCAGGGCCCGCAAACGGCGGCGUUGACCGGAUGAACCUCGCGCUCCGUCCGCGUUUUGUACAGCUUUCCGUUCUCUCCCGUUCUUCGUUUUUAGCAGCGCGAGCCCUUGCAUCCAUACAUAUCUCCUUUCAUCUUUAAUGCCGACAUGAUACCACUAUAUUUCGAUACGCGGAAUGAUUUCCAGAGCGUGUUUCAUCUGCUUCGACCAAUCCGAAUUUGCUCAUCGCAUCGGUUGGGUUUCCUCAGUUCGUAUAGGAGUUCUUGCUGGCGGUUGUAACGGCGUUGGUUCUUAUUCUGUUUUCCUGCAUGUCUUCUAUUUCUUUCAGAUCGUGUCGCCGAGCAUGGUAGGAGGGAACAAAGUCACCCUCGUCCAUCCAUCAGUCACGGCUGUCGUCCUUGGCCUUGAAUAGAUAGAGAGACACAGUGUACUGUAUUUCUA